AGUUGUUAUCGGAACGCUCAACACUCACGAUCGCUGAGAAACCUAAUCAAAAUAAACAAAAUUAACUUAAUUUACAGAAGUGUUUAAUAAAUAAAAUUUUGCACUACUCAAGAACAAAUAAGAUAAUAAUUAAAAUAAUUAGCUAAGUAUUAAAUUAAAAGUAUUCCUAUCAUUCUGAGUGCCAGUUCCGAUAAAACUAUUUUAUUUAAGUUUUUAAUUUCUGUUAAAAAUGAUCAAUAAACGGUUACAAAUUAUAAGCAAACAUAUUUUUGAAAAAUAUGCAACCAAAUUAACUAAAACGUCAUCAUAUCGCGGUUUAUCUACAGUCAGUCGCACACAUUCCGCCACAGUAGAAGCCAACCAAAGUUAUAUUAAUUACUUGGGAAAACAUCCCUUUGUGUACCGCAAUGUUGGCCAAGAGUUGGAACGUGCGGCGGCCGAAUAUAGCAGCACAGAGGCCAUCGUUUCCUGCCAUGAAGCAAAAAGACUAACCUUUAAGUCGCUAAUAGAUGAAGUAGAUCGUUUAGCCGCCGGUUUUUGGAAAUUGGGUUUGAAAAAAGGUGAUCACAUUGGCAUAUGGGGACCCAACAACAUCCAUUGGUAUCUGACUAUGUUAGCUGCUGCCAGAGCGGGUCUAGUGUCUGUUGGUAUUAAUCCCGCAUUUCAAGGACCUGAAUUGGAAUAUUGUCUAAAGAAAGUUAAUGUAAAGGCUAUUGUAUGUCCUUUAACAUAUAAAAGUCAAAAUUAUUACGAAAUCAUACACAGCAUUUGUCCAGAGUUGCCCAAUAGUGAAAAGGGAAAGAUAAAAAGCGACAAUUUGCCCCACUUGAAGGCAGUCAUCAUCAAUACAGAUUCUCAGCUUAAGGGAGCUUUAACUUUCAAUGAAGUAUUGGAUUUGAGUGACAAGCAGGGAUGUGAUGAUAUAUAUAAAUUACAGCCUUACAUUAUACCGGACACAGCCUGCAACGUUCAAUUUACUUCUGGAACUACAGGUCACCCCAAGGCCGCGGUUUUAUCUCAUUUUAAUUUUGUUAACAACGCUAUCCAUAUUGGAAACCGUAAUCAAUUAAAGGGUGCUAGAAUAUGUGUUCAAGUACCACUUUUCCAUGCGUACGGUGUAGUUAUAACAAUUAUGGCCGGCAUGAGCCAUGGGGCUACUUUAGUUUUACCUUCUCCCGGAUUUAGCCCUGAACAUUCUCUAAAAGCUUCAGUGGAGGAGAAAUGUACUGUUAUCCAUGGAACACCCACAAUGUAUGUUGAUCUCAUUAAAAAACAACGAGAACUUAACCUGCCCCUGACAACUUUAAAGAUGGCUGUGACAGGAGGUGCUCCUUGUUCCCCACAACUUUUCCUAGACAUGAAAAGUGUAUUAAAUCUGCAGGAAGUUCGCACCAUUUUUGGAAUGACUGAAACAUCUGCUUCCAUAUUCCAAUCACGUCCUGGUGACACCAUGGAACAGGUCUUGAAUACAGUUGGUCAUAUUCAAGAUAAUAUCGAAGCCAAAGUUGUGGAUGCAGAGGGUAACAUUGUGCCUUUUGGACAACCGGGAGAACUGCUAGUAAGAGGAUAUCUAACAAUGUUGGGUUAUCACGGCGAUGAGGAGAAGACUAAAGAGACGAUAGGAGCUGAUAAGUGGUUGAGAACAGGAGAUCAAUUUGUUUUACAACCUGAUGGUUAUGGCCGUAUUGUUGGGCGUCUAAAGGAGAUGAUUAUUCGUGGUGGUGAAAACAUUUUCCCCAAAGAAAUUGAAGAUUUUUUAAAUGCUCACGAUGAUAUCUUGGAAACACAUGUAAUUGGUGUUCCCGAUGAACGUAUGGGUGAAGAAAUUUGUGCCUUUAUUCGUAUGCAUGAUAGCACUGCUAAAAUAGAUCGUGAAACCGUUAAACAAUACUGCAAAGGUAAAUUGGCGCACUUCAAAGUUCCUCGGUAUGUGAUAACUGUCGAUGAUUUUCCAAAAACUACUUCCGGUAAAAUACAAAAGUUCAAAUUAAUCGAACAAUUUCAAAAGACAUACGGCAAGUAGUAGUUUCUUCCUUAGUGAUGUAUCCAAAGUAGAAUUAAUUUAAUUAAGUAUAUUUUUUAUAUAUUUGUUUUAAAAUGUUUUAUAUGUAAAAUAUUAAUAGUAAAUUUAAAAAAUUUCCAUAUGUUAAAA